AACAACAAAGUGUUACUAGAGUAAUUUACUAAUUACUAAAUGUAUAUCAUAUUUAAAUUUCGCGGCAAAAUAUCUGAUACUCGUAACCUAACCUAUAAUUUAGCCGCGUCUUUGGCAGCGUAUGUGAUUUAAAACUUUUGUUUACAUUCCACAACUGAACAUGUUUUAUCACAUAUCUCUGGAGCAUGAAAUAUUACUGCAUCCACAAUAUUUCGGACCACAACUCUUAGAAAAAGUUAAAACUAAGUUGUACACAGAAGUUGAGGGUACCUGCACAGGAAAAUAUGGUUUUGUUAUUGCUGUUACAACAAUUGAUAAUAUUGGUGCUGGAUUAAUAUUACCUGGCCAAGGUUAUGUUGUCUAUCCAGUUAAAUAUAAAGCUAUUGUAUUCAGACCUUUUAAAGGAGAAGUCUUAGACGCUGUAGUGAGACAAGUUAAUAAAGUGGGAAUGUUUGCUGACAUUGGUCCACUCUCUUGCUUUAUUUCUCAUCAUUCAAUCCCAGCUGAAAUGGAAUUUUGUCCAAAUCCAAGUCCACCAUGCUACAAAACAAAGGAUGAAGAUGUUGUGAUAGCAGGAGAAGCAGAAAUAAGACUUAAGAUUGUUGGUACGAGAGUGGAUGCUUCAGGAAUUUUUGCAAUUGGUACACUAAUGGAUGAUUAUCUGGGUCUGAUUAGUAAUUAAUAUCAAUGGUAUAUAAAAAUUUAUUUUUAAGAAAUUGUUAAAUGUGUGAUUUUAAUAAAACUCUAAAUAUUU